AUGGGUUUGGGAGCUGAGAAUGGUAAAGUGGAGUCUUGGAGCAUGUGCAAAUCGAAGGUGAGGAAGAAGAAGAAGAAAGAUGAUGAUGAUGAUGUGGAAGAAGAGGAGACUGGGUGUUGGGUUAGGCUGAGGUUCUUUGGGAGCUGCAUUUCUUCAAGAUCCAAAGUUGAUAGCUCAAUCAGUGGAACCAGUACUCACUGUGGAUUCGCUAGGAGAUGGUGGGAGCAUGCAAAUAAAAUUGUGGUAGCAAUGGUGAGGAUGCGUCAUACUGAAACUAAAUCUACAAAUGAUACAAGCAGAGACCAACCAACAGCUACUGUAGUCUCUUCCUCAACCACUAGUAACACAGAAAGUAAUGCAUCCACUUCCAAACUUGAAGAGGAACUUAAAGUUGCUUCUCGGUUACGAAAAUUCACAUUUAAUGAUCUUAAAUUGGCAACAAGGAAUUUCAGACCUGAAAGUCUUCUUGGUGAAGGUGGUUUUGGUUGUGUGUUCAAGGGGUGGAUAGAAGAAAAUGGAACUGCUCCAGUAAAACCUGGCACAGGGCUUACUGUUGCAGUUAAAACUCUUAACCAUGAUGGGCUUCAGGGUCAUAAAGAAUGGCUGGCUGAAGUAAAUUUCCUUGGUGACCUUGUCCAUCCAAACUUAGUUAAACUUAUAGGAUACUGCAUUGAAGAUGAUCAAAGGCUGCUAGUGUAUGAGUUCAUGCCUCGAGGGAGUUUGGAGAACCAUCUGUUUAGGAGGUCCUUGCCUCUUCCAUGGUCAAUUAGAAUGAAAAUUGCAUUAGGUGCUGCAAAAGGUCUUGCUUUUCUUCACGAGGAAGCAGAAAGACCUGUUAUAUAUCGGGAUUUUAAAACCUCCAACAUCUUAUUGGAUGCAGAUUACAAUGCCAAACUGUCUGACUUUGGACUUGCCAAAGAUGGUCCUGAGGGUGAUAAAACCCAUGUCUCCACCCGUGUGAUGGGAACUUAUGGUUAUGCAGCUCCGGAAUAUGUAAUGACUGGACAUCUUACAUCCAGGAGUGAUGUCUAUAGUUUUGGCGUGGUUUUACUUGAGAUGCUGACUGGCAGAAGAUCUAUGGACAAAAAUCGACCGAAUGGUGAACAUAACCUUGUGGAAUGGGCACGGCCACAUUUAGGCGAGAGAAGAAGAUUCUACCGAUUGAUAGACCCCCGGCUUGAAGGCCACUUUUCAAUAAAAGGUGUUCAAAAAGCUGCACAACUAGCUGCCCAUUGCCUUAGUCGAGAUCCUAAAGCCAGGCCCCUAAUGAGUGAAGUUGUUGAAGCCUUAAAGCCGCUGCCAAACCUCAAGGAUAUGGCAAGCUCAUCAUACUAUUUCCAGACCAUGCAAGCUGACCGCGUUGGGUCCAGCCCGAAUACCAGAAAUGGUGUCAGAACACAAGCAGGAUUGCUAACAAGGAAUGGGCAUCAUCAGCAGAGGAGCCUCUCAAUACCAAAUGGUUCCCAUGCUUCUCCAUAUCACCAUCAAUAUCCCCAUCAAUCACCAAAACCUAACAGCAAACCUUAA